AUGUCAGGUCGUACAUUCAUGUUGCUCCUAGCGCUGGUCCUCGUAGGUGUCCCGUCCUGCCUGGCGGCACCGGGCCCAGGGUACGACGCGUCGUUCAGCCGGCACUUCCGCCUGCCGGCCUUCUGCAACGGCACCUACUGCAACAUCGGGCCGGACGGCACCGUCUCGCUCACUGCCGCCCAUAACAAAAUGGGAGCAUUCGAGUCGAAGAGCUACUACCAGUACGGCAUUUUCGAGGUGAAGAUGAAGCUUCCGCCAGGGUACUCGGGCGGGCUCAUCCCGUGCAUCUAUCUGAUCUCGGGCGAGGGCCUGGACUACCGCGACAUCCAUGACGAGAUGGACUUUGAAUUCCUCGGGUGGAGCGACCCUAAACAGAUCAAAAUCCACACCAACGCCAUCGCUGGCGGGUACACCAACGUCGAACAGUACAAGUUCGCGUUCGACCCGUCGGCGGACUUCCACACGUACACCAUGGUCUAUGCGCCCAACUGGCUUGUGUGGAAGAUUGACGGCAAGCCCAUCCGCAUCACCUGGCGCGAACCGGGCAAGCCCUUCCCCUCGCUUCCCAUGAAGAUCAUGGACCUUCCACAAGCCACUCUCACCGCUCCUCUCCCUUCCCCGCACCCACCCUACCGUCGGCUUGCUGGAAAGCAGGGGUCGAUAUGGGACGCAUCCUUUUGGCUGCCGUUCAAGAGCGACUACUCCAAGGGCAACGUGACAGUCAAGUUCCGCCGCUUCGACCUCAAGGACGCCUGCCGCUCCGUAGAUCCCAAGGUCGCGCCUGCUUGCGCUUUCCGCAAAGAUGCGCGCAAAGGCAGCGCCCACUGGCGCCACGUUGAGGCGCAGUCGCGCCAUUCCCCCGAACCGUCGCAGCCCGCGCGGAGGGCCAGCGGGGAGGCGGAAGGGAAAAACGUGGGGGAAGGGGAACCCCGCGCUGUUUAUGGGGCCGCAGCGUGGAGAUGGGGCGGGGGAGAGGACGGGGAAGCACAUGGCGGAAAGGAUGUUAGUGGCGGAAGGGAAGGGGAAAGGAUAGCUGCGGAGAGAAAUGUGCGCGACAGCGAGGGGGAAGCAGGGGCGGGCGAGCGGGUUGAGCGGGUGGGAAUGGGGAUAGGGAUGGGGUUGGGAGCGAGGGGGAGGGCUGGAGGGAAGAGCGGGGGAGCGCGAGGUAGUCGGGAAGGGGACGCGGCGACAAUGGCAUGGGGGGAGGCGGCAGCGUGGGGAGGGGUGAUGGUGCACCGCGCGCAGUGGCACUCCAACAGACAGCGAAAGGGCGCGCAGGGGGACGGCGGGCAGGGGGGAAGCAGGCAGGCGGGCGGCGGAUGGAGAGAGGCGGGAGUGGCCAGCGCGAACGGGGGCGCGGGCGCGGGCGCGGCGGAGAUGACGGUCAGCGCGGAAGCUGCCGGCGUGACUGCGGGAGCGGAUGCAGCUGUGCCUAAUGGGGCGGAUGGGGCGGAUGGGGUGGUGGAGGCGGAGAGGGGCGGGGCGAUGGCGCACCACUCUGUGUGGCGCACCCAUGGCGGGGCGGGGGACGCCGAGGGGGGCGGGCGAGUGGUGGAAGCGGAGAGGAAUGAUGGGGAAGCGCGAGGGAGCGAUGGGAGGAGGGGCGAUGGGCGGGCAGGCGAUGGGCGGGCAGGCGUGUCUGGUAGUGCAGUGGCAGCAGGUGAGAUGAGGGGCGGACACGAUGAUGCGGGAGGGGAUGGUCGGAUGCCCCAUGCGCCACUGCACCAGCCGCUGCACGAGCGUACAUCCCCGGGUGAGGGUCCUCCUCUCCCCAUUGAACUCUCCGCCUCUGCUGCGGGUGGCGGCGAUGGAGCCUCGGGAAUGGGAGGAAGAGAGGUGGGGAACGCGGAGGAGGUUGCUGGGCUGGUGGCAAGGCCAGGAAGACAUGCGGAGAGGGGAGAUCGAGAUGGAGGAGGGGGAGGGGGCGACGAGGGGAGGCGAAAUAGAGGAGGCGGAAUGAGUGGCGAGGGGAGGAGCAGCCCUUGGGUGCACCACACGACGAUGCAUCAUGAGCGGUUGCAGGGCGGCGAGAGUAAGGAGGAUCAGCAGCAGCAGGCAGGGGAGGGGGUCGGUGCCGGUGAUGCAAUCGGUGAGGGUGGGGGGCGCACGGAAUGGGCGGGGCACGGGAGGUGGCACGUGCAUGGUGCAGUGGAGCGCGAUAGUACUCACGGUGAUGCACCCAUGGGCGCUGGGCUGUACUUGCACCCCACCACUCACACACAGCCGGUGCAGCAGAUGCAGCACAUGCAGCACAUGCAGCACACACAACUCGCACAGCAGAAUCAGCAGGUGCAGCAGGAGCAGCACACACAGCAGCAGCAGCAGCAGCAGCAGAAGCAGGAGCAGGGCGGGGAAUGGGCUGGAGGGGUGCAGGUGGCAGAGGUGGGUGACGUGAGGAGGCGAGGAGGAGGCCAUCGCAGCUCAUUCCAGGAGGAGAGCCACUUCCAUGGCAGCACAGAGCACGGGAAGGAUGCAGGCAGUCAGCAGCACGCGAGGGGCGAAGGCGACACACAGCAGGGGGCUGGCGGCGUGGCGUGGGGUACGGAUUUUGUAGGCGGGAGGGAGGAGAGGCGAGGUGAGGUGAGGGGAAGCGGGUACGUGCAUGGCGAGAGGGCGCCGAGGGAGGAGGCGCGGGAGGGGAGGGCGGAGGGGGCAGCCGAGGCAAGGGCCGAGGGUUUGGAUGAAGACACGCGCUGGAUUGUGCAAGAGGGGCAGCAGCACCGACCAGCGCUGCACACGCGGCCAAUGGUGCUGCGGCAGGGUGUGGAGGGGCAUUGGGGGGCGGAGGGGACAGCAGAGGCAUUGGCUCAGGAUGGGGAUAAUGAAGACACGAGCUGGAUUGUGCGAGAGGGGCAGCAGCACCGACCAGCACUGCACACGCAGCCACUGGUGCUGCGACACGGCGUGGAGGUGCACAGCGGGGCGGAGAGCGCAUGGGCGGAGGGUGAGAGCAUGGGGAGCGCGGCAGAGGGGACGGCUAGGCAUGGGGAUGCGGGGGAGGUUGCUGGGAAUCUGCAGAUAAAGCAGCACCGGCCAGCACUGCAUGAGGGGCUGAUGGCGCAGCAGCAUGGCGAGGGGAGUUUCCACAGUGGGGCGGGAGGGGCAGCGCCAAGGCGAGGCGAGGCAGGCAGGCAAGGAGGCGAGGAGGGAUGGGAGGCAGCAGGCGCGGCAGCAGGCGAGGCAGGAGGCGAGGGAGAAGUGGGCGUGAAGGGCGGAGGGCGUGUGGGGCAGAGUGAACGCGUGGAUGGGCGUGAAGAGGCGGAUGUGCUGGUGGCUAGGGUAGGGGAGCUGGGGGAGGUGGCUGGUGAGGGGAGAGUGCGUGACAGCAAGCAAGGGCUGGGUAGCAUGGAUGGGCUGGGCAGAGUUGGUUGGAGCAGGGGUGACAGUGGCGAUGGUGGGCAGGGGACGGCAGCACACCGCAGCGCUUGGCACACAGUGCAUGGAGGGGUUGGUGAGAAGCAUGAGAGGAGUGAGAGGGCAGAGAGGAGUGAGAGGGCAGAGAGGAGUAGGGGAGAGGAGGGGUUGCAGGAGGGGAUGCAGGUGGAUCAGAUUGAUGUGCGGGUUGAGGUGGGCGGUGGGAAGAAGGGGGCGAUGGGACAGGGGCAGUGGCAGCAGCAGCAAGUGGAUGGGGGAGUUGACCUGCUGGCGCCACACCAUGUGUCGCUGCACCAGCAGCACCACGCGCGCCACCACAUCUCCUCCUCUCCGCCCUCCUCCGUGCCCGCAGCCCAUGCCCCGCCCAUCCCCGUCACGCCUCUCACUUCUUUUGCACCCCGCCUCCCUGCUUCCGCCAGCAGCUUCAGCGAUGCAGCCACCAGCAGCAGCAGCAGCAGUGGCAGCAGCAGCAGCAGCAGCAGCAGCAGCAGCAGCAGCAGCAGCAGCAGCAGCAGCAGCAGCAGCAGCAGCAGCAGCAGCAGCAGCAGCAGCAGCAGCAGCAGCAGCAGCAGCAGCAGCAGCAGCAGUGGCGGCAGUGUGAGAUUGGAUGCAGAAGCAGCCGCCGCAGCAGGGGGUGGGGUUGGGGGUGGGGGUGCGGGGAUGAGUGCAGCAGGGGGGAGGAUAGACUGGCAGUCGGUGGAGACGGACAAGCAAGUGCUGCUCAACCUCAAGCUGCACGUGCUUAGUGACCCCUCAGGCACGUUGGAUAACUGGAAUCCAAAGGACCCCACCCCCUGCUCCUGGACUGGCGUACAGUGUAACCCCUUCUCACAGCAGGUGGUGGGUCUAGACCUCUCAGCAGCGUCGCUCCAGGGUGACUUGGCCUUUCAGGACCCGCCUCUGGGCGCGCUCACAUCACUGCAGCGCCUGCAGCUGGCCGACAACCUCUUCUCGGGCUCCAUCCCCGACUCGCUUUCUUCUAUCCGCAGCCUGCAGGUGUGUGCGACUGUGUGUUUCUGUGUAUUCCUGCUGGAUGGCAACAAAGGGCUCUCUGGGUCAUUGAGUCCUGCUGUGCUGGGCGCACUGCCGUCCCUGCAGGUGAUCUCAGCUCGAGGCUGCAGCUUCAGCGGCUUCCUGCCGCCUGCUCUCGGCUACGCGCCGCGCCUGCAAUCAUUGGAUCUGGGCGGCAACCAGCUGGCGGGCGGCAUACCGCCCACGUGGGGGCAGAUGGGCAGCUUGACCUCUCUGGUGAUGGACGGCAACCAGCUGUCUGAAAGCAUCCCCUCCGCCCUCAACGGGCUGUCGGCUCUGCAGAGGCUGGAUGUAAGCAGCAACGGGCUCAGCGGCACCAUCCCAACCCUCAAUGGGCUCACAGCGCUCACCGCUCUCAACCUCUCUGCAAACCAGCUCUCCGGACCCAUUCCCACCGACGGCGUCCUAGGAAGUUUCCCACCCUCUUCCUUUGCCGGCAACCCUGGCCUCUGCACUGGGAACUGCGCCUCUCCCCCUGCUGUCCGCCCUCCCCCUACCAUUGCUCCCCCCAUCUUCCCCCCGCCUACGCUCUUCCCCCUGCCCGUCCCCAUGGCCCCUCUCCCCCCGCUCUCCCCUCCCCCACCCCCUUAUGUUGAGCCUCCGCCCUACAGUCCUCCCAUUCCGCCCCCAAUUCGCUCCCCCCCACCUGCUCCUCGCCCCCCUCCCCUCUCCCCCCGCUCUCCCCCCCGCUCCCCCCCUCGCUCUCCCCCACUCCCCCCUUCCCUGCGCCCUCCUCCCAUUCCCCCCAAGCCGCCCUCCUUAAGGCCCCCUCCCAUCCCACCCACUCUCCCGCCCUUCCCACCCCCUGCCUCCCCCAAACCGCCCCCUCCUCUCUUGAAGCCGCCCUCCCCUCCUCACUCCCCCCCCCCCCCGCCCCCCUCCCGUUCCGCCCCGUUUGCCCCCUCCCUUUCCCCCUCCCGUUCCCCCUCCCGUGCCCCCUCCUGUUCCUCCACCCAGCCCCCCUCUUUCCCCUCCUCGCCCUCCUCCACUCCCCCCUCCGCUCCCCCCUCCGCGCCCACCUCCCCGCCCCCCUCCUCACCCCCCUCCUCUCCCUCCGCCUCCCUCGCCUCCCCCAUCCCCCCCACCUCUCCCCCCACCAAGUCCCCCAAGUCCCCCUCCCCGCCCACCCCCUUCUCCCCCGCCCUCCCCUCCUCCCCCAAGCCCACCACCACCCCAACCCCCCCCAUACCCUCCCCCUUCCCCCCCUCCCUCCCCUCCUCCAUCUUCUCCCCCACCAUCCCCGCCAUCACCCCCACCCCCUUCCCCACCUCCCCUCCCCCCAUCCCCUCCCCCGCCACCAUCACCCCCACCAUCCCCCCCAUCUCCCCCUUCCCCCCCUCCGCCUCCCCCAUCACCCCCUUCCCCCCCAUCCAUCUUUGCCCCACCGCAGCUGCUCAACCGCAUGGUGCUGCCAUCCAACACCACCAAGCCCAUGCCACCACGGAAAAUUUCGGGCCCGGGCAGAUGAUGGUGGGCGGGGCGGGGCCGAGCGGGGCAGUGUCGUUUCUGGCUGAGAUGGCGGACGGGGCGGCGGUUUUUGUUGCGAAGCAGCUGCCGCCCCUGCUGGGGGGAGAUGCCGUCAACUUUGUGUUCGAGCACGAGGCACGGCUGCUAUCAGCAGUGCGGCAUGACAACAUUCUGCCGGUGCACGAGGCACGGCUGCUAUCAGCAGUGCGGCAUGACAACAUUCUGCCGGUGGUGGGGUGCUGGGAGGGCGCAGGCGGGUCAGGCGAGGCCAUGCGCGUGCUGCUGUACGACUACAUGCCCAACGGGGACCUUCGGGAGUUCCUAUACGAUGAGCUGGCGUCACGCAAGUCGCUGCAGUGGCCGGUGCGCUUCCGGGUGGCUAUGGGGGUGGCACGCGGCCUCGCCUUCCUGCACAGCGGGGUGGGCGGCGCGGGCGGCAUGGGCGGCGGGCCGAUGGCGCAUGGGGCGGUGCAUCCGGGGAAUGUGCUGCUGGACGGCCGCAUGGAGCCAAAACUUGCCGACAUGGGCGUGGCUCGGAUUGCAUUUGAUACGGAUGAUGUGCAAGUGGCCGAUGAGAUCAUGGGGUACACGCCCCCCGAAUAUUCAGUGGGCCCCACCCCUCCAACCCCAGCCGGCGACGUGUACAGCUUCGGGGUGGUUUUGCUCGAGCUGCUCACAGCGCGCCCGCCAGUGGACCCGGCCUUCACAGACAACGGCACGGGCGACCUCAUAGGGUGGGUGCGCGCCACCAUACAGGCGGGGCAGCCGGGGGAGGCUCUGGAUCCGCGCAUGGCGGACGCGGCGGAGAGUGGCGAUGAGAUGCUGCAGUUCCUCAAGGUGGCGCUGGUGUGCGUUGCUGAGGAUGCGGAUGAGCGGCCGAUGAUGCGCGAGGUGGUGGAGAUGAUGCAGCGACUUACCCACAGCAGCGACUUACCCACAGCAGCGACUUACCCACAGCAGCGACUUACCCACAGCAGCGACUUACCCACAGCAGCGACUUACCCACAGCAUCCGCACUCACCCACAGCAGCGGCACCUUACCCCACAGCAUCCGCACUCACCCACAGCAGCGGCACCUUACCCCACAGCAUCCGCACUCACCCACAGCAGCGGCACCUUACCCCACAGCAUCCGCACUCACCCACAGCAGCAGCACCUUACCCCACAGCAUCCGCACUCACCCACAGCAGCAGCACCUUACCCCACAGCAUCCGCACUCACCCACAGCAGCGGCACCUUACCCCACAGCAUCCGCACUCACCCACAGCAGCGGCACCUUACCCCACAGCAUCCGCACUCACCCACAGCAGCGGCACCUUACCCCACAGCAUCCGCACUCACCCACAGCAGCGGCACCUUACCCCACAGCAUCCGCACUCACCCACAGCAGCGGCACCUUACCCCACAGCAUCCGCACUCACCCACAGCAGCGGCACCUUACCCCACAGCAUCCGCACUCACCCACAGCAGCGGCACCUUACCCCACAGCAUCCGCACUCACCCACAGCAGCGGCACCUUACCCCACAGCAUCCGCACUCACCCACAGCAGCGGCACCUUACCCCACAGCAUCCGCACUCACCCACAGCAGCGGCACCUUACCCCACAGCAUCCGCACUCACCCACAGCAGCGGCACCUUACCCCACAGCAUCCGCACUCACCCACAGCAGCGGCACCUUACCCCACAGCAUCCGCACUCACCCACAGCAGCGGCACCUUACCCCACAGCAUCCGCACUCACCCACAGCAGCGGCACCUUACCCCACAGCACCCGCACUCACCCACAGCAGCAGCAAUACGAUGUCUUCGGGAAGGCCCUGCAGCGACGAGACGUGGUGGAUGUUUGCCACUAUCGAAUCAGUGCAUAACGAGAACAGCCUGGGCGGGGAGGAGCAAGCGGUGGAGGCAGAGGAGGAGGAGGAUAGCGCGGAUGGUGCUGGUCGGACUGCCUCAGACCCCAUGUGCCCCGCUCGUGCUGACUCUCGUGCCACGGCUGCUGAUGGGGGCAUAGGCUCACCGCCAGCUGCUGUGAUUGAUGGCCCUCCUAGGCUCACCACUCGCUCUUCGAUUGAGUCACCUCUGCUUAGAAUCACACUGAACCCGCCGUUUCUCGUCCCCAGCCCUCCCCCCCACCUUCCCCAUUCUGCUCCUCUCACCGAGUUCCCGCCCCCCCUCCCCCUCCCCCUCUCCCCCACCCUCCCCCUCUCUUCCGCCCUCCCCCGCGCUCCCCCUUCUCUCUCACACGGCAGCAUAGCCUCCUCAACCAGCGAUCCCCACGGCGUCACUAUCGCUCGCUUCGCGCUGCUCCCCCGCCCCCUCGCGUCACCUCCGCUUCCGCCACUACCAGCGCUGUGGUUUCCGCCCCGCCUUGCGCUCAUCCUGCUCUCGCCAUCGCCAUCGUCCGCCCAGGGGUUCAGCGGCGAGGGCGUAUUCGCGAAGCGAGAAAAGAAACAACAGAAAAAGCAGCUGAAUCAAGCGCAGCAGCAAGAACAACAGGAGGAGAAGUUACCGAGUAACCACGUGCAGCUGUUCGAUCAAGAGGAGGAGGAGGGCAGCGGAACGGAGCAAGAGAGCAGCGCAGCAGCGACGCGGCCGUUCGUGUACGUGUAUGACCUGGGGAAGCAGCUGACGUCCAAAGUGCUGAAGCUGGAGCUGGAGUGGUACUCGGAGCAGUACGAUUUAGAGAAGCACUUAACGGAGAUGCUUAUGAGGCGUACAGACAACCCCGUGCGCACCAUGGACCCCGAGCAGGCGUCGCUGUUCUUCGUGCCCUUCUACGUGUCGCGCUACCUCUUCUCCUUCUUCCAUAAUGACAAGAAGAACAUGCGGCAGUGCAUCGAGAAGAGCUCACGGGCAUGGACGAAAGUCCUGAAAGCCGUCCGCACCACCUUCCCCUACUUCAACCGCACCAACGGCCGAGAUCACUUUGGCAUCCUGACGCUCGAUCACGGCCGUUGCCACUCGCUCACGUUUGUGGAUCCACGGCUGGUGGGCGAGAUGUUCUUCGUCACGUACAAUGGAGACAAGCUCGUGCGCAGUGACCAUGCUGCUAACGAUCCCAGCAUGCAG